AUGUCUCGACGUGCAGCCGGGAAGAGGUUAUCACCAGCCUCGACAAUAGGUGAUUGGCGAAAUCCUGGAAGAUAUGCCCACGUACAGCGGCACGCCCUCGACAAACAGCUGACAGCUUCUGUGCAAACAUCAAUAACGUCCGAUUGCGCUCGAACUUUAAAAGAGAUCUCCGCUAGCGACUUGCACUCUAGAUACUGCUCCGUUGGAAAAGCGACAAGCCGAAGGAAGCAAUCGUCCGGUUCGAGGGCUGUAAAGAGAGUCGUGUCGGCACGCUGCGUUCAGGCGGCGACGAUGGGCAUGCGCGCAGCCCAAGGACACGCGCCGCGCCUCAGUCGAGCGGAAGGCAGCGCCGCGGCCGGCUGCCUCAAUCCACACCAGUCCUAUGCACCACGCGCGCAGACCAGAACGCGCAAGCCCCCAUCGUAUACCGCCCGAGCACGGAGCAGCAACGGCCCCAGCCCGCAAGCCCGCGCCUGG